AUGAAGUAGAGAAACUAUUUCAACUCUGAUUUAACUCAAAACGCAAAAAGAGCAUGCAAUAGUUCAACUACAUAAUAUUUUGAUUUUAAAACAUUUUUAGGUAGUAUUGAAAAUCUAUUUUCACAAAAUUCAUCAUCUGCAUCAUAUAAAGAAAAGUUUAACAUAUCAAUAGGGAUUUAAAUUUAAGAGGAUAUUUAAAUUCUUGGCUUUUAAAAUUUAAUCGUCUACGUCAAGCAUUGUGUACCAACUUGCAGGACUUUGUUCAAGUACUACAAGCUGUCUAAUUUUUUUUAUGGUUCUCUAUAAUUAGGUGGAACUUGUACUUGGUACCCUUCUUAUUAAUUGGCUUAAAGUGGUGUUUGAUGCCGAUAAGAAUGUGAAAGAGAUUACUUUAUAAAAAGAUCAAAAAAUAUAUGUGUACUAGAUAAAAGAAUAAAAUCACUCAUUUCAUAUUUUGAAUCUACAACUUUCAGUGCAAUUUCUCCUUUUUAAUUCGUUCAAGAUUCUACAAAUUUAAGAAGUUCUCCAUUCAUCUACUAAAUUUGUAGGAAGUUUACUUUACAGUGAAGGAAUGAGUUUUUAAUUUGCAAAUUCGCAAUCCUUAUAAUUUAUCAGGCUUAAGAUUUCAUUUUAUAUUAAGAGCUUUUAGACUGACAAUAAAAUAUAAACAAUAUUAGAUGAUUAAAUAUAAGGUGAAAUAAUCAAAACCUCAUCUAAAUAUACUUUUGAUAAAAUUAAAAAAAUUAUAGUUCGGGUCUCGCUUGCGCUAAUACUUAUGAUGUAAUCAGGAUAGAGACAAUACUUAGAAUUUAUUCUAAUAAUCCUUUACUUAUUUUAAAAGGAGAAUAAUUAACUUUUGGGAUUCAGAAAUAUUAUAAUUGAUAGUGAUAAUUUAAAAAGAAAUUUCGCAGUAUGUGGAGAUUUUUCGACUUGUCAAAAAUGUAACACUAAUUAUUUGCUAUUUUAAAACGGUUGUGUCAGUACUUGUUCUGUGCAUUCUUCUAAUUGCGUUAAUUAUUCAGAUACUAUAGCAAAUUUAUUUUUAGACUCUUGCUACUUAUUUAGCAAAAGGGUUAUAUAAUUUAAAUAUGAGUAUUUGAAAGUAAAAAUACUUCCAUAUCCUUUCCUUUUUAUAAUAGAUGAAGUAAUUGAAAGUAAUGAAAAAGUAACCAUUAAAAUAAACAAAAAUCCAAUAAUAGCAUUGAUAUUGUUGAAAAUUUCAAAUGGAGAAUCAAAAUUGUGA